GCCCCUGCCCGCCCCAGUUUUCUUCUAGAAGCCAUGAUUUCUGAAAGUGGUUCGUUUGUGAAGGGCAUGAUGCUGGGAGGGGUCUUCUGUGUAUUGGUCACUCUUCUUGGACACAUUAAGAUGGACCACAGCACCAAAUCUCAUGAGCACCGCCACCUUCAGGCUCCCAAAAAGGAGGACGUUUUAAAUCUCUCUGAAGAUGAACGUCUGGGUCUUACCCACAGCAUCCGUGUCUACUGUAUCAUCCUUGUCAAACCUAAAGACCUUAGCUACUGGGCAGCUGUGAGAGAGACUUGGAGCAAACACUGUGACAAGGCAGAAUUCUACAGUUCUGAAAAGGUCAAAGUCUUUGACUCCAUUGUGCUUGACACAGAGGACAUGUGGAUAAUGAUGAGGAAAGCAUAUAAACUUGCAUAUGAAAAUUACAAAGAUGACUACAACUGGUUCUUCUUGACCCAUCCCACCACUUUUGCCAUAAUAGAAAACCUCAAAUAUUUUCUCAUGAAUCAAGACUCAUCCCAGCCAUUUUACACCGGCCGUACAGAGACAUCUGGAGACCUGCAGUAUGUGAACGGUGAUGGAGGAAUCAUUUUAAGCACUGAAUCAUUAAGGCGACUUCAUAAAGUUUUUGAUGAUCCGGACAAGUGUCCAGAACAGGGGGGCGUGAUUUGGAAACUGUCCGCAGAUAAACAGUUAGCUGUCUGCUUGAAGUACACUGGGGUGCAGGCUGAAAACGCAGAAGAUUCUGAAAAAAAGGAUAUCUUCAACACCAAGUCAGUUGGUUCUCUUAUUAAAGAGGCAAUGUUAAGCCACCCCCAACAGGUGGUGGAAGGGUGUUGUUCAGACAUGGCUAUCACAUUCAGUGGGUUGGCUCCUAAUCAUAUGCAUGUGAUGAUGUAUGGAGUCUACAGGCUCAGAGCAUAUGGACACAGUUUUAGCGAUGCCUUGGUUUUCCUACCUCCCCCAGGCUCUGAUAAUGACUAAUGAUUCUUUCACCAGAGCAUUGGGUAAUGCAUAUGAAUGGCUGGUCUUAAUGUAUAGCAUCUUUCAACCAACAGCAUGUACAUAAGCUGGUACACAUUUUGUAUUUCAUGGAAUUGGUGUAAUUAUUACUCUUUUGCACAACCUGCUUUUGUAAUCUUUACAGUGGGAAAGGGGGCCCUUUUUAAACAAAAAAACAAACCAUUUUUAUACAGACUUGGCUCAA